AUGACCCCCAAGACAAGUCACUCUUUGGGGAAAAUGCCUCGUCUCCAGUCCCGGGGAGUUGGCCCUACUCCUAUUAUGACCGAUGACCUCAACAAUCUGCCUUACAACCGGUACGCCCGGUUUGCUGAAGACGAAAUUACUCCCACCCAGGCGGCUCUGCAGAUGAGCAACGACCAUAUUGUUCGUCGCAUGGCAAAGCUGCAGGCCAACACUGCUCGCCUCAAGCGUGAACUCUUCCUCCUCCAGCGGCACGUUAAGGAGUUCCAGCAUCCGCUGUUCGAGACAUGGGAGGCCGACAUCCUGACGCGUCUCAUCGAGGUUGCCCAUGCUUUUCAGCGCCACAAGAUGGCGGGAGGCAUUACCAUCGGCGAGGAUAACACGGCCGAACGCGAGACUCUCUCCCACGCCUAUGUCAAUGCAGCAAAGCAGAUUCACGAAGGUACCCUGCGAAAGCUUGGUCUCUCAGACCAGUAUUAUCAGGCGCUGCUGCGAUACAACGAGAUCGCUGCGUAUCGAAGCCCCAACCCAUUCCAAACAGAAGUGCCAUUCGCGAAGUGGCUGGUUGAGGAGAUGGAGAACCGACCGGAGAAGUACAGCUUCUGGUCGAAGCUCUACCCCGUCUGCUAUGGCCGCUCUGUUGAGGAGAGCUCUACCAUCUUCUAA